GCUCAGUCCCCAGUCCGGGCGAGAUACAUAAGGCCCUGCUUUCACCUCAAAGAUACUCUGCUAACCUAGAACAAGGGGCCAGACGAUAUGGUCCGUGAGGGCAGGGACCCCUGGAGAGGCAUCUGCAGUAACGGCCCCUUCCCCUUACUGCGGGGUCAGCAGGGCCGGCUUUUCCUCCUCCUCCUCCAGCUGCUGCUGGUGAAGCUGUUGCGCCCAGCCAGCCGCGCCCUGGGCGCCCCGGUUUCAGCUGUCUGUGCCACUUGUCACGUACAUGCCACCUGUCAGCGGAUAGAUGGGAAGGAGAUCUGUAUCUGUAAUUAUGGAUUUGUGGGCAAUGGAAGAACCCAAUGUCAUGAUAAAGAUGAAUGUCAAUUUGGAGACACUGUAGUCUGUGGGAACAAAACAUCAUGCCAUAAUACGCUUGGAGGCUUUUAUUGCAUUUGUCUGGAAGGAUAUCGAGCAACAAAUAACAACAAGACAUUCAUUCCCAACGAUGGCACUUUUUGUACAGACCUGGAUGAAUGUGAAGUACCAGACACCUGUGGGCCUGGGGGACGGUGUGUGAAUACUCCUGGAAGCUAUGAAUGCUAUUGCAAAGAUGGAUACCUUGCCCUAAAUGGGACCCAACCUUUCCACCCUAUGAGGGAUGGUACAUCAUGCACAGAAAUAGACUGUGGGACACCUCCAGAGAUUCCAAAUGGCUACAUCAUCGGAAAAUACACCUCCAGGCUGGGUGGCCAAGUUCAUUAUGCUUGUAAAGAAGGAUUUUACAGUGACCAGGAAGAGAGUGUGAUAAGUUGUGUUGCUGGUGGUACGUGGGAGACCCCAAAGAUACAGUGUCAAGCUAUGGACUGUGGGAUUCUGCCUUCAUUCCCAAAUGCUUAUCCAGCUCUUCUGAAAAACACCACAUAUGGAAGUCGAGUUGAGUACAAAUGCUGGAAGGGGUAUGUGCUAGAGACCAGCAACCCUGCUGUUUUUUGCAACGCCCGAGGACAAUGGGAAGGUCCAUCUCUCAUGUGCAGAGAGAUAGAGUGUGGUAGCCCACCAGUGAUCCAGCAUGCCAUCCUUGUGGGGAACUACAGUUCUAAUUUGGGAAGUGUGGUCUACUAUACUUGUAUAGAUGGCUUUGAGAGCACUGGAGGGUACCUUACCUUACUUUGCACGGCAGAAGGUACCUGGAGGAAAAACACUGUACAUUGCACAGAAAAAAAGGCAUCGAUUACAAACGUAUCUGUGUUUAAUGAUACCUGUGUGAAGUGGAGAGUGAGUCCAGAAAGAGUGGUCUUGAAGAUGGUAUAUCUGAUACACAUUCAAGAACAGCAACGAGAUUGGACAGAGUUUGUCCAUGAGGACUUGUUUAACCUUACUACAAGCAGUCAGGAGCCUGAGGUCUGCCUACAUCUGCAGCAGGGUACCAACUAUACCGUGACCAUUAGGAUUACCUUUCCUAGGCUCUCUGUGCCUGUAACUGUCAGGAUCCAAACAGCUGAUGAUGAUGGAUCCUUUGAUGUUUCAGUAUUUAAUGAAACCUGUUUGAAAUGGAAGAGGAGUCCUAGAGAUGCUGCAAAAGAGCAAAUGUACCAGUUUCAAGUCCUGGGACAAAGAUGGUAUCAGCGUAAUUUUUAUCAUGAGGUAUCAUUUAACUUUACUACAAGAGAAAGAUUUCCAGAGGUUUGUUUAGAACUGUAUCCACGAACUUACUACGCAGUAAAUAUCACCACCAUGGCAUUUCCAAAACACUCGGCACACAUCAUCAUAGCAACAACAAGAUCAGUAAAUCAAAUCAUCAGUAACAUUUCAAUUUUUAAUGAAACCUGCUUGAGGUGGAAGAGAAAUGUGAAGAUGGCUGACUCAGAGGAGAUGUAUUUAUUCCACAUAUGGGGCCACCGAUGGUAUCAGAAGGAAUUUAACCAGGAAGUGUCAUUUGACAUAAUCACUGGCAGUCAGGCUCCUGAAGUUUGCCUGGAACUGCACCCAGGCACCAACUAUACUGUAAACAUCACGGCUGUUUCCUCUGGACUUCCUGUACUGGUCUCCCUUACAACUCAGAUAACCGAGCCUCCCAUUCCAGACAUUGAAUUUAUUGCAGUACAAGGAGCUCCUUUACCACCCCUGAGUCUGUGGAAAGCAGAGGACAGAAAUGGACCCAUCAGUUCAUAUCAAGUAUUGGUGCUACCCUUGGCUCUCCAAAGCAAUUUUCCUUGUGAUUCUAUACAAGAUACCACUUUCUUUAGCAAUGACUCAAGUACCAAGGGAUAUGUGGCUGCAGAAAUCCUUGCCAAAGACAUACCUGAUGCCCGAGAGAUCUCUCUUGGAGACAGACUGUACUAUGGGAAGUUUUACAAUGCACCCUUGAAACCAAGAAAUGAUUACUGUGUCAUAUUGCGAAUCACCAGUGAAUGGAAUCAGGUGAGAAGACAGUCCUGUGUAGUUUGGGCUGAAGUAAAAGAUUCAUCUCUCACUUUGCCACAGAUGAUGGGUGUCGGAUUGGGAUCUGUAGCUGCUGUGGUCAUCUUAGUGCUUCUCUCUUUCUUAGUGGUGUGAAAGUCAACCAGUUUUGGGGUUGGGAAUCUCUUCUGAAGAUCACACAGAACCUACCUCAAGUUCAUCCUGAAAGAAGCAGGCUGAAAAUGACAAGGAGGACCUAAUCAAAAUGAAUCUGUACCAUUCAACGGUGGUGAUCAAGGAAGGAAAUCCUUGGGCACAAAUCUAUGAAAGAGUAAUACUCUCUAGACAACUUUAGAUGGAGAUAGAUGGUCAUCAGCUUGUCCAGGGAGAGCAAUAGCAUGUAUCUGGGAAACAGAUGUUAAAAGACAAACUUGGUGUAGUUUACUGCGUAUGUAAUGCUGUUCUGGUUGCUAGCAAUUUGGGAGGGGAGGGACAACUCUACAGAAAGAGUUCAUCCUCUAUUCAGCUAUCAAAUCCAUCUUCCUAAAGGGAAGGUUUGAUCACAUCAGCACUUCUAUUCAAUAAACUUCCAGUGACUCCCUAUUACCUCCAGGAUUUAAAAAAAAAAUGCCACUUUUCCAGUUGUCUCACACCUUGCACCUCUCCAUGUUCUCUUCCAUCUCAGGACAUUGACCAGCUUGCUGUUCAUGCAAGACAUUCCACCUUCUGUAAGAAGCCUUUCUUGAUUCCCUUAAUGCUAGUGCCUUCUCUCUGAGCUGAUGUCCAA